UAAUUACGUAUCUCUCCUUUUUUGCAGUCGUUUGACUUCAGAUGAUCACGUUCAGACGAACCCGAUGCCUGGCUGUUCGAUGAAAAUUUUUUCGGGGGAUCCCACGCAACACGAAGUUGCCGAAAGCGUUAAAAUAGGCGACCCCUUGACCCUCGUCGUGUCGAUAGACGAACAGGACACCUACGGACUGAGAGUAACGGACUGCCUGGUGCGGGACGGACUCGGAUGGGGCGAACAAAAACUCAUCAACGACGACGGUUGUCCGCUUGACAAGGAGAUCAUGGGAGUCUUCGAGUAUUCCAAGGGCAGAACGAGAGCUUCUGUGCAAUUCCAGGCUCACAAAUUCCCUUACACCGCAUCAGUUUACUAUCAGUGCAACGUCAAGCUCUGUCUAAAGUCUGAUAAUGGCUGUGAAUACGUGACGGUAAGUGUGUUGCUGUUUAAUUUUUGUUAGCGCACUGAAGUGUUA